AUGGUGGCCCCCUCUCUCAGCCACGGUGAAAGGACCUCAUCGGAGCUGGGCAAGGGGCCCCUGGCUGCCUUCGUCAGAACCAAGGUGUGGUCUCUGAUCCUGCGGGCGCGCAGAUACCUGCAGAAGGGCUACACCACGCUGCUGUUCCGGGAGGGCGACUUCUUCUGCUCCUACUUCCUGUGGUUCCAGAACGAGACGGGGCACAAACUCCAGAUAACCGAGGUGCCUGUCCUCUCCGAUGACGCGGCGCCCGUGGGCAUGCUGGGAGGAGACUACUACAGGAAGCUCCUGCGCUACUACAGCAAGGACCACCCGGCCGAGGUCGUCAAGUGCCACGAGCUGCUGGCCCUGCACCUGUCAGUCAUCCCCGUAGACGUGCUGGUGCAGCAGGCGGGCGAGCUGGCCCAGCGCCUGUGGGAGUCCUCCCAGGUCCCCCUGCUCUAG